AGUGAGUGUGAAAAGAUGUAUAAGUUCCUAACUGUGCUGUGUAUAUGGAUGACAACCAGCGUUGGUGCAGGAAUUGUCAGGCCUUUAGAAACACCGCAGCAAACCUGCCAAUGUGUUCCAAAGUACAUGUGUAUGGAUAACGAAUCCGGUGCAAAUAUCAAGGACCUAGUGGACAUUCGGAUACUGGAGUUGCAAUGUGGUAACAAUGGCGAUAUUUGUUGUCGCUCGCUGAAACGAAAACUUGCUUCUACUGUGCUACUCGAAUCGGAAUCAGAAGAAAAUACACCGACGGAAGAACCUGCAAUGUCCGAAUCAGCACACUUCGAUUCUUGUGGUUAUCAGAUGAAAUUUUCCGAAAGAAUUGUUGGAGGUAAAAUAAUAACAACGGGAGAAGUGCCUUGGGCAGUUGCCAUAUUAUUCAAGGAAGUUAUGUAUUGGAGAUUUUUAUGUGGAGGAUCACUUAUACAUCCGAAAGUAGUGUUGACUGCGGGUCACUGCGUGUAUAAAUAUGAUGUUCCUAAUUUAAGAGUCAGGGCCGGAGAAAUCGAUAACGAGAAUGACAGCGAGCCUUUACCUCAUCAAGACACGUUUGUAGCGGACAUGGUAGUCCACAAGCUUUUCCAUGGAGAGACCCUGAAGAACGACAUAGCACUUCUGUUUUUGACUGAACCAUUUGAGAUUGCUCCCAACGUUCAAAUAGUUUGCUUGCCAUCAGGAGAUCUAACCUCACUUCGAACAAACUGCGAAUCUAGCGGUUACGGAGUGGUGGGGAUGGAAGCACCGUUCACGGGAAAACAGCUUAACAAAGUGGAUAUACCAUUAGUACCAAGAGCACAGUGUGUCGCAAAACUCAGGAACACGCGACUUGGAAGUUAUUUCAAUCUACACAGGAGUUUCAUAUGUGCCGGUGGUGGUGAAGGUCAAGAUACUUGUAAGGGAGACGGUGGAGGCGCUUUGGUUUGUCCCAUGAAGAACCAAGCAAACCGAUUUGUCCAGAUCGGAAUAGUUUCAUGGGGAGUUGGAUGUGGCGAAGGCAUACCUGGAAUUUAUGCCAAUGUCAAUUUGUUUAGGAGAUGGAUUGAUGAACAGUUUACGUAUAGAAAACUGGAUAUUAAUGUAAAUAGAUAUCAGUGACAUGUAUCCGUUUAACCUGUUAGAUUUUCAUCGUGAGAGAGAAGAUAAUAUCUCAUUUAUUAUUGAUGAAGAAUGUAACAGAUAUUUUUAUGUAUAUUCUACCUAGUCUGAAAAUUAAUA